AUGAGUACUAGCUCAGCUCUUAUUCGUUUUUCGUUGAAUCAAACUCAGAUUGAAAAGCUUGUGGUCUGUCUAGGAUAUUUGAGUAGGUCAGAAUCGGCGUGCCGCGGCGCACUUGCGACUCGCGUCACAAGCUUACUGCUUUACAACUGCCGUCCUUCGCCCAAUGAUAUUCACGAUCCCGAUCGCACCAGGCUGCACGCUCGUGAUGCUCGUGGAGUCUCGCGGCGGUAUUACGACACGCACGCUAACGCCUUUGGUAUGAAGGGGAGUCGGGUCAAUCGAAAGCGGCUCCAAUCUUUCCCUCGCCGUUGCCCACAAACGUGGGACUCGGAUAUGGUCCCGGACUUUAUGGGUCUUUGGUGUGAUCGUCUGUUACUUGGAGAUCACAGUCAGCCCAACCGUGUUGCAGUGCUAGAGCCCCGUGUACCUGCUCAGUUUCAAGGAGAGGCCAUUACACGUGUGGCACAAAGCCAUCACCAUUUACGGCAAAAGGAUGUGCUUGUGGUUUAUUCAACCCAGAGUCUGCCUUUUGGAAUGGUGCGUGUGGUGGAUGGCGUGGACCUUGACGGUGUAGGAAACCACUCUCAAGGUUGCAGGGAUGAUAACAGAGGUCACAGCAGAAAUAGAUCAAUAUACUCCGAAGUUGUUUCACAUGCGAUCCGACAGAUCCCGAAAUCGUCUAGUCUAUGUUCUUCUUUAUUGCUUGGAGUUGGUCGCGGGGCAGGUUCGCGGACCAGCUUCACCGCUGAAGAAGAGAGGCGAUUAAAGCAGUUUCUCAUCCCUCUGGCUACUUUUGGCUGCGCUCUGUGGUCGGUAAAUAGACAAAAGAGUGCGGAUUACAUGCAGAAUAUGACCCCAACCGCCGAUUUUUUAGAUCAAGACAAGGCAAACCAACGAUUAUGGCGUACAAUGCAGGCGGCGAUGCUUUCCACGCGUGACACGGCCCUGCUGAGCGGGUAUCACAAUGAAACUCCUCUGGACUCACGGCUGAAUAUGCAACAUCAAGAAUAUUUGGCACAAACACUUUUAGAAAGGCUAGAUAAAAGACGAAACGUAUUUUGA